AUGGAUGAUGACAGAUUGGAUUUAUUUCCACCUGUUAUUGAAUUAAACGUCGGUGGAGUUUUUUACACGACAUCCUUAACGACUUUAAAAAAAGAACCGGAUUCUUUAUUGUCGAAUAUAUUUUCCGGAAAACAAGAGCCCCCACCGAAAGAUGCAAAAGGUAAAUACUUUUUAGAUCGUGAUGGAGUCUUAUUUCGUUACGUUUUGGAUUUUCUUAGAAAUGGUUCGCUCGUACUACCGGAAAGUUUUAGAGAAAAAGAACGUUUGGUACAGGAAGCAACGUAUUUUCGUCUUCCGACAAUGAUGGAAGCUAUUUUAUCAUAUUCUGAUUGUACGAAAGGUAAAGAAUCACGUCCCUCGGGUUUUAUAACGGUUGGAUAUCGUGGAAGCUUCGCUUUCGGAAAAGAUGGAUUAUCCGAUGUCAAAUUUCGAAAAUUAUCAAGGAUAUUAGUUUGCGGUCGAGUUACAUUAUGUCGGGAUGUUUUUGGAGAAACUUUAAACGAAAGCCGGGAUCCGGAUCACGGGGGCAUCGAUCGUUACACCUCGAGAUUUUUUUUAAAACAUUCAUUCAUCGAACAAGCGUUCGACAUGUUGCACGAGCAAGGUUUUAAAUUAUGCGGAAGUUGCGGGUCUGGAACGGCUGGAGGUACGACGGCUGAAUUAAAACCUGGAGUCGAUUUUGAAGAAAAUCGUUGGAAUCAUUACAACGAAUUUGUUUUCGUUAGAGAUUAA